ACGUGUGCAUUCGUACAGUGGUUGUCUUGCCAUCUGAGAACAUUUUAAAUCCCAGGUGUUGAUUUGUAAAAAAAAAAAAAAAAAAAAAAAAAAAAAAAAACACACGUUAAAGUGUUUGCACACUCAGCAGGGAUGAAUUAGAAACUGUUCCAUAUUCAUGACUGUGGGCGGGGCUAUGACAUCACUGCAGCUGAGACUAAGAAGUCAGUGAAGGUGAAAGUAAAUAAAACAGAUGAACUGGAAGCUUCUUCAAACAACUUUAUUCAAACACACGGAAACUAGUGAUCACAGCUGACAUUCACUCAAAGACAAAAUAAACACAGCCCCCACCCAUUCUCGCUGUGUUGUCUUUCAUAAGCCGCGUUUCCACCGCAGUAACUUUCCCCGGAAACAAGGGACUUUGGGGUGGUACCUGGUGUGCUUCAACUGCAGGGACCAGGUCAAAAGUUCCAGUCAUGGCAUCCUUCAGUGGUCCAGCACUAAAUGAGGAGCUCCAGUGCUCCAUCUGUCUGGACGUGUUCACUGAUCCAGUCACCACUCCAUGUGGACACAACUUCUGCAGAACCUGCCUGAGCAAGUGCUGGACAAACACACAGAACUGCUUCUGUCCACUCUGUAAAGAAAGAUUCAGCAAAAGGCCUGACAUCAAGAUUAAUACAACACUCAGAGAGGUUAUGCAACACUUUAAGAAGAAGCUCCAGGAGAAAAUCCAGGAAAAUCCUGGAGAAUCUGGGGUGGUCUGUGACUUCUGUGGUGAAAGAAAGCAGAAAGCUGUGAAGUCUUGCCUGACGUGUCAAAGCUCUUACUGUGAUGAUCAUCUGGAGCCUCAUCUCAGAGUCCCACGUCUAAAGAAACACACACUGAUCAACGCUGUGGAAAAUCUGGAGGAUUAUAUAUGCCAGAAACAUGAGAGACCCCUGGAGAUGUUCUGCAGAGAUGAUCAGACGUGUGUUUGUCUGUUCUGCACUGAAGGAGAACACAGGACUCACAACACUGUUCCUAUAGAGGAGGAGAGUCGAGAGAAGAAGAAUCAGCUGGUUCAGACACAGACAGACGUGCAGCAGAUGAUCCAGGACAGAAUGAAGAAGAUUCAAGAGAUCCAGGACUCAGUAGAGCUGAGAAAAAUAAACACAGAGAAAGAGAAAUCAUCCAGUGUUGAGCUCUUCACUGAUCUGAUCCGCUCCUUUAAGCGAUGUCAGUCUGAGCUACUGAAGAAGAUGGAGGAACAGCAGAAAGAAGCAGAGAAACAGGCUGAAGAUCUCAUUAAAGAGCUGCAGCAGGAAAUCAGUGAGCUGAAGAAGAGAAACACUGAGCUGGAGCAGCUCUCACAUGCUGACGAUCAUCUCCAUGUCAUACAGAUGUACUCAUCCCUGUACAGUCAUCCACACACCAAGAACUGGAGUGAGAUCAGGACUGACUCUGACGUGAAUGUGUACCCGCUGCAUAGAGCUCUGAGACAAGUGAAGAAAACUCAUAAAGCUCUAAAUAAAAAACUCAGUCAAACUGGUUUGGGGUGUGUACAGAAGUAUGCAGUGGAUGUGACUCUGGAUCCUGAUACAGCGAAUCCAUAUCUCAUCCUGUCUGAUGAUGGAAAACAAGUCAGUGAUGGAGACAUUAUGCAGGACGUCCCAGAAAAUCCAAAGAGAUUUGAUGACAUUUGUGUUCUUGCAAAGGAGGGAUUCAGUUCAGGGAGAUUUUACUAUGAGGUGCAAGUGAAGGGAAAGACUCGGUGGAGUUUAGGAGUGGCCAGAGAAUCCAUUAACAGGAAGGGGGACAUUAGCCCAAGUCCUGAUGAUGGAAUCUGGUCUUUGUUAUUGAUUAAUCAGAGUCAGUAUAUAGCUUGUGAUAAUCCAGUGGUCUCUUUCUCUCAGAGAGGGGAAGCUGAGAAGGUGGGAGUGUUUGUGGAUUAUGAGGAGGGUCUGGUCUCUUUUUAUGACGUGGACUCCAGAUCUCAUAUCUACUCUUUCACUGGUCAGACUUUCACUGACAAACUCUAUCCAUAUUUUAGCCCAGGCUUUAAUGAUGAAGGUAAAAACUCAAAGCCACUGAUCAUCACACCUGUCAACUGAAA